AUGAUAGGUGUGUAUUUGGAUCAUGGGCGUUGGUAUCGGCUUGAGAGGUAUUAUCCGGAUGAGGAACUAGAUGAGGAACUAGAUGAGGAACUAGAUGAGGAACUAGAUGAGGAACUAGAUGAGGAACUAGAUGAGGAACUAUAUGAGGAACUAGAUGAGGAACUAGAUGAGGAACUAGAUGAGGAACUAGAUGAGGAUGAAGAAAUGAAUGGGAACGAAGGAGAGAUACAGCCUGCACCCCUUGCUCAGCAAGUGGAAGGGGUUCACUUGAAUCAACCUUUAUAUGCGGGAGCUCGUCGACAUCCUGAAUAUGCGGGAGCGGUGAAUCCAGGUGAGGGGAGGCUGGUUAUGGGUAUGGUUCCGGGUGGGUAUUUAAUUCCUGUUCUUGUUCCUGUUGAUGCUCCGGGUCCUGCUCCGGGUCCUGCUCCUGCUCAAGUACCCAACCCGGAACCAAUACCAAAACUCAGAAAUCGAUAUCUGAUUGAGAAUUUGCAAGAAUUGAUCAGAGAGGCUGGGGCUGGUCGGAAUGGAGAAUUGGCGGGACGGAUGGAUGAGGUAUCGGAGGAUGAGGAUGAGGAUGAGGAUGAAGAGGAUGGAGGGGAUUGGAAUGGGAAUGGAAGGGAGAAGCUUCCUAAUCCACAAAUACCUCAGGUGCCGCGUGUUGUUGCGAGAAAUGGAGAUGAGGAGAGAGAUGCAAGGAGAAGGGAUGGGAUGAUGUGGGAGAUGGCAGAGAUGGCAGAAAUGUAUCGUGUGCGAAAUGCAGAGAGGAUAAGGGUGAGGGGGGUUGAGCCACAGAGGCUGUUCGGAGAUGAACGAGAUGGGCUGGGUGGGGAUAGAGAAGAGUUUGGGAACCUGGCGCGGCGGGGUGCUGAGGGGAUGGGUGAUGAAGAUGAGGAGGGAGAGGGAGAGGGUGGGGGAGAGGCAGAUCCCUUGAAAUAUGUACGACAACUUCGUGAGAGGUAUGGUUAUGGUUCAGGGGGUGAGGAUGGGGAGGGGAAUAGGAAUGGGAGUGGGAACGCAUAUGGAAAUCAGAAUCAGAAUCUUCUUCUUCCAAACCCUGUCGUACGGAAUGGAGAUGUAUAUGGAAUUGCAGAUGCGGCUGCAGAGAGGGAGAGGGAGAUGGAGAUGGAAAGAAUUCGAGAUGAAGAAAGAGAAAUUCAUGAAAAUGCUCGUCGGUUUUAUGAACGCCAUCGAUUGCGGGGUGAGAAUGGAGAUGCAAAUGCAGAUGGAGAUGAGGAUUACAAUAACCAAUUUCCCAUUUAUCUUCCUCAGCCGCAACUUCGCCCUCAUUCUCCGGUCGCUGGACCCCCUCGUCUGGAAAUUGGAGAUGCGGGAGAAAUUAGAGGAAUUGUGGAGAAUCUUCCUGCUCCUGCUCCUCCUGCUCCCUUUCGGUAUGAGCCUGAAAAUCAAUUGGGGAGAAGAGCGGAUUUGGUUGAUGGGGGGGUUAAUGCUUUUGGAGGUGGAGGUGCAGGUGCAGGUGCAGGUGCAGGUCAAGUUCAAGGAGCAGGCCGAGGUGUAGAAGCGCGUUAUCCUCCUCUUGGUAGGAUUGAGUAUGGUGUCUGGAGACCGAUGCAUUUUCCUCCUGAUUUUGAUUGGGACCAGAGUGCUGGCUGGAGAGAAAUAAAGAGGAGAAGAGAUGUGGAAAGGGAGAUGAUUGAGGGGAUUCCGAUGCCCGAGGAGGAUGUUUUUAGUGAUGAGGAGGGUGGGGUGGAUGGGAAAGGGAUGGAUGGGAAAGGGGAGGGGGAGUGA